AUGGCUCCUAGUUCGGAAAUUCUCGCCAGCGCUCAGCCAGACCCCGAGUUUCUCGAGGCAUGUCCCCUCCCCCACCAAAACGCUCCGCCGCUUCCGGCCAAUAUCGACAUACCAACUCUUCGAGCCACAUCGAACAAGCACAAGAAUGAGGCGCGAGACGCACUAGGAGGCCCUCCUCCGAACUUGACCGAGCGAGAUAUUGAGAUACCUGUUCGUGAUGGUAGCAGUAUUCUUGCCUAUGUUUAUGCUCCAUCAGAUGUCGUCCCUGGAGAUGAACUUCCUAUCUUUUUAUUCUUCCACGGUGGCGGCUUCUGUCUGGGCACGCGCCAUGAUGACAUGGAGUCCAACAGAAUCUUGGCGGUCAAGGCUGGUAUCAUCAUAGUCUGUCUCGACUACCGUCUUGCUCCAGAACAUCCAUUCCCUCAGGCCAUCCAUGAUGGGGUUGACGCUUUACAAUGGAUUGCACAAAACCCUACGCAAGUUCACCCCUCUGCGGCCCCUUCAGCAGGCCUCAUCAUCGGAGGCACUUCCGCCGGAGCCAACAUUGCCAACGGCGUGGUAUAUCUAAACCGCGACCUUGGAUCUCCUGCAAAGGUCACUGGACAGUUUCUCGGUGUCGGACCUCUUCUUCCUCCACCAUGCGUCCCUGAGAAGUACAAGGACGACUACGUCAGCCAUGAGCAGAACAAAGACGUGACUAUACCUCCAGAGGAACUCGCUCGCGCAUUCGUUGCUGCAUAUAAGCCAGACCCGACGUCGCCGAUUGCAGUGCCUGCUGUUCAUCCAUCAGGACACUCGGGAAUUCCUCCCACGUACUUUCAGGUCUGCGGGCUUGACGGUCUGAGGGACGAGAGUAUCAUUUACGAGCGAAUUCUUCAGGAAGACAGCAUCUCCACACGGCUGGAUUUGUAUCCUGGCCUGCCCCAUCAUUUCUGGGAGUUUUUCCCUCAGCUGAACAAACAGGUCGAAAAGAGAACAAAUGAUAUAGUGGAGGGAAUCAAGUGGUUAUUGCAUGGGUCGAAACUUCAAAAGUUGUGA